AUGGCACCACAAACAGCAACCACUUACGUAUCCAAGACACAACAUUACCUGAAGGUGAAGAAGCCGCUGCUAGAGCGUCAGCGUCGGGCACGCAUGAACAGUUGCCUCGACACAUUGAAGACACUUGUUGCCGAGUUCCAGGGCGAUGAUGCCAUACUGCGCCUGGACAAGGCUGAAAUGCUCGAGGCUGCACUUGUCUUCAUGCGCAAGCAGCUCAUCAAGCAACAGGCGCCCGUCUCACCUGUGCCCAUGGACAGCUUCAAGAAUGGCUACAUGAAUGCCGUUAGCGAAAUCUCUCGUGUGAUGGCCUGCACUCCCGCAAUGAGCGUUGAUGUUGGCAAAACCGUGAUGACUCAUUUGGGCAUGGAGUUCCAGCGCAUGUUGCAGUCAGAUCAGCAACCGCAAUUGGAAACCUCAGCAAUCAGUCGUCCAGUUAGCCCAGCUUCAUCGGGCUAUCACAGCGAUGCAGAGGAGUCUGAGUCAGCAGCCAGUCCACAGCCAACUAGCUCUGCCAUGUGGCGUCCCUGGUAA